AGAACAGCCACUCUUAGACUUGUCAUGGAAUUAAAGAAAACUACAUCCAGGGCGUACAAUGCUGCACUCCUGCUGCCACUUUUCCUCUUAUUCUGGGGAACUUCAUACUCUGAAAACGACAGCAGCUGUUCCUCAUCCCCAUGUAAAAAUGGCGGGAGCUGUAAGGAUUUGGAAGUGGGUUACCACUGCGCCUGCCCCAUGGAGCCUGUAGCCUACAUGGGCAUAAACUGCGAACUCCUCUAUGAUGCGUGCAAUAAACACGAGUGUCCUGCCCAUAGGAAUUGCAGUGGGACUCCAGGACGCCUGGAAUACGAAUGCAUCUGUAUGCCUGGCUUCACAGGUAUUGACUGUAACAUUGAUAUUAAUGAGUGUGAGAGCAACCCUUGUAAAGAUCCUCGUUUUGAAUGUGUAGAUAGUGUAAAUGGAUACACCUGUAAAUGCCAAACAGGACUGAACGGAGAAGGCUGCCAAACAGAAAGCUCUGUGUGCUCUAGCCACCCCUGCCUAAAUAACGGGACAUGUGUCGAGGGUCCUGGGGACUAUGCCUGCAUCUGCCAGCCUGGCUUCACCGGGGCCAACUGCAGAGACAACAUUGAUGAAUGCGCCUCCAACCCCUGCCAGAACGGAGCCAUCUGCCGAGACAGGGUGAAUGAGUAUAGCUGUUUCUGUGUGCCGGGGUUCCAAGGAUACAACUGUGAAAUAGACAUCAACGAGUGUGCGUCCCGGCCCUGUAAAAACAAUGGCACCUGCCUGAAUGAGAUGGAUCACUAUUUGUGCCAGUGCAUCCCCGGCUACACAGGUAUGAACUGUGAUGCUGAAAUAGAUGAAUGUGAUUCAGACCCUUGCCAGAAUGGGGCCCUGUGCAAUGAUCAUGUUGGGUUCUACACCUGCACAUGUGCACCAGGUUACCAAGGAAUCCAAUGUGAGGUGGACAUCAAUGAAUGUGCGAGCCACCCAUGCCAGCACAAUGGGACAUGUCAUGACCUCAUUAACAGCUACCGUUGUGACUGCAGUGACACAGGCUUUGAGGGGGACCACUGUGAGAUGGAUAUUCUGGAGUGUGCCUCUGAACCCUGUCUGAACAGCGCCACAUGUGUGGAGGGAAUCAAAAACUACAGCUGUGCCUGCUGGCCAGGUUACACAGGGCAGCACUGUGAAGAGGAUGUGGAUGAGUGUGCAACAGAUCCCUGUCACAACGGAGGUGUGUGCUUUGAGCGAUCCAACCAAGCCUAUUAUGGAACACGACCUGACUUCCCCCGUAAUUUCAGCUAUAGUCAAGCAGCUGGUUUCCUCUGUUGGUGCCAGCCAGGCUUUACAGGGGAGACCUGCUUUACUAACAUUGAUGAGUGUGAGUCCCAGCCGUGUCAGAAUGGAGGGCUCUGUGUGGACCUUAUUAAUGGCUUCCUUUGUCAUUGCCUACCGGGCUAUUCAGGUGUGGAAUGUGCUGUUAACAUCAAUGAGUGUGAGGAGGGUCCCUGCAAGAAUGGAGCUGUCUGUGAGGAUGGCAUUGCUGACUAUACCUGCCACUGUGCCCCUAGCCAGGAUGGCGUUAUAUGGGGAGGGAAGAACUGCUCUGUCAAGCUCACUGGGUGCCAGACGCACGACUGCCAAAAUGAGGCCUUGUGCAUCCCAACCUACCAAGCUGAGAGCCACGGCCACCUGUGCCAGUGCCAGCCUGGUUUCUAUGAUGCCACAUGCUCAACACCAACAACGUUUUCCUUUGCUUCCAGAGGGUAUCUCCUCAUUGAGCUGCCCAUGAACAAUCAGAGCAGGAGGGACGUAGCAGGAGAUCAGCUUACCAGCGUGUCCCUCCGGUUCCGAACCACCUUACCCAGCGCCAUCCUUUUUUACCGAGGCCAUGAAGCUGAAUACUUGUUCCUGGAGCUCUUUGAUGGCAUUCUGCAUGCAGGACUGAAGAGGGAGGAUGCUGGGUACCUGCUGCUACUGGAGGGGCUUAGAGUCGAUGACGGCCAAUGGCAUAAAGUUGAAGUUGUUCUGCACAGCACUCUGCAGCUAAAGCUCUGGCAUGACUCUUGUGAUGGAGGUGUCUGCCUGCAGAGCUCUCCUGUCCCACAUGGCACUGCUUUGCUCCCACAUGCCUUCCUGAAUAUGUACAUUGGAGGGGCUGGGGAUCCAAUGGUCAACAACACACAGAGCCAGCAAGGCUUUGUCGGCUGCCUGGAAGACUUUCAGGUAGAUGCUGAAGCUGUGCUCCCGGUGGAUCUACCUACAGAUGAGUCCUCCCCAGUGAAGCAGGGCUGUGACCGGACAGAGUGGUGCCUCUCCCAGCCCUGCUUUCAUGGAGGGCUGUGUGUGGACCUUUGGGCAUCCUUCAGGUGCGACUGUUCUAGGCCUUAUGGAGGCCCAGCUUGCUCAUACGAGCGUCCAGCAGCAACAUUUGGCCUAGAAAAUUCCACCAGCUUUGCCUCUUUCACCCUUUCUGAUAGCCUUGGUGCAAACUUCAACAUCUCCUUUUUCAUUCGUAGUCGUAAACCUAAUGGUUUGCUAUUGCAAAUCACCAACGAAACUGACCCCUGCCUCACCAUAUACUUGAAGAAUGGCAAGCUGAAGGUGGAGAUGGUAUCUGCACAUACUGUGACAUUUCCAGAAAAUUUAGUUGAUGGGAGAAGACAUUUGGUAGCUCUGUCUUUCCAAGGAGGAAUUGUUGGUGCUCACCAAUCGGACACAUACCUGGAGCUAGGACAACUCGUAGCAAGACCUCUUUUAGCUGGUUAUGACGUGUAUAUUGGUGGACAUCCUAACCCAGACAGCACUGAUAUGUGGGGAGGCUACUUUAAAGGCUGUUUGCAAGACAUCCAACUGAACAGCCACCAAAUACAGUUUUUUCAGGUUGAGAACUACAGUCUGCCACAAGAACUCAAUAGGACUCAAAAUGAUAAUCUUGUGAAUGGUUGUAUCUCUGAUGAUACCUGCAAGUCUGAGCCAUGUCAGAAUGGUGGCAGAUGCAUUGUCACUUGGAAUGAUUUCCAUUGCAGCUGUCCAGCAAAUUUCACUGGGAAGUUUUGUGAAGAGCGAGUCUGGUGUGAAAGUGACCCAUGUCCUGAAGCUACCACCUGUAUAGAUGUCCUAGCAGGAUACGUGUGCCUGGCUAAUGCAACAUUUAAUAGUUAUGCUGCCAUUGAGUUUACCACCAAUACCUCAGUGACUAGAACUCUGAGCAGCCUCCACGUGGAUUUCAGAACCAGGGAUGAAGAUGCUGUUUUGAUUCGCGCUGUGGAAGAAGUGGAUUCCCUCCAGAUAGCCAUUAAGAACUCAUCUCUGCUUGUUGACAUCAGGAGUGGGAAUAGCAUCGAAGGUGUCAGGUUCCUGAGUCAGAAGACUGUCACGGACGGAGCCUGGCACACCCUCUCUGUGUCUAUGGAAGAGCCAUCUGCACUUUCUUCCAGAUGGCUGGUUCGUUUGGAUGGGUCUGUUAAUAUGACUCUGCAGGGAAAUGCUGGGAACUUGGACUUUCUAAAGAACAACGCGCUGAUUGUUCUAGCUGAAAAUUUCACUGGCUGCCUAGGACAAGUGAAGAUAGGGGGGAUCUACCUGCCGUUCACUGCCCAUCUCUCAUACCCCCAGCCAGAACAGUUCCAGCAGUCCAGCGGAAGGGCCAUCCAGCUGGGCUGCACCGGGGCUGAUGUUUGCGCUUCUAACCCUUGUCUCAAUGCCGGCACCUGCGAGGACUUGUUCAAUUCCUUCAGCUGUGCCUGCAGCGCCGGCUGGGGGGGGCUGCUGUGUGAGUCUAACCUUGAUGACUGCCAGUCGAGCCCAUGUGUUCAUGGGGACUGUGUCGAUGCAGUAGCAGAUUUUCAGUGUGAAUGCUUCCGGGGAUUCAUUGGGAAGAGGUGUGACAUCAACGUCGAUGACUGUGUGCGGCACCAGUGCCUAAAUGGAGCUACCUGCAUUGAUGAGGUUUAUGGCUACUCCUGCAAGUGCCCUCCUCAGUACUCGGGACCUCGCUGCGAAUGGCCGUUCCCACCUGAGCAAUGCGGUAAGAACUUCACCUGUCUGAAUGGUGGCAAGUGCAUCAGUGAGAGCUGGGGAGCCAACUGCACUUGCAAGCCAGGUUUCACUGGGAGGAAUUGUCAAAUUAAUAUAAACAACUGUGAUCCAAACCCUUGCCAGAAUGGAGGUACGUGUCAAGACUCUGAGAACAAAUACGAGUGUUUGUGCAGUGCCAGCUACACGGGAGAGCGCUGUGACAUUAACCAGCCAGUGUGGGCGCAUCUUAGCAACUCCUCCGUUGUGGGAGCAAUCGGGACUGCAGGGGCUGCCCUUCUCCUUGCACUUGUUGCAGCCACAGCCAUUGUCAUGAAGAGGAGGAGAGCAACUCAGGGAACAUACAGCCCAAGCCGGCAAGAAAAAGAUGGGGCUCGAGUGGAGAUGUGGAAUGUAAUCAAGAUGCCACCAACCGAGCGGCUGAUAUAAGAACUGUCGCGCAACAGCUGCCGUGUCAUCCUUUAACAGUCGUGGAACUGCUGCAGCAUCUCUGUCUUGAGGUGUCUUUUUAGGACAGGUCUGUACUGCUUUAAACUGCUUCAUAGGCCACAGGCAACUGCCUGCUGUUACUUGGCAGGAAGAUUCAACUGCUUGAAGGAGCUCAGUUAUUGCAGCUCAUCCCAUAAAAGAUUUGCAUAAAAUGGGUCUGGCAGCAAGUGCAGUAAAGUCUGGGAGGAAAAUGUUCUGGAGGGGCUAGUGGAGGAGAAGACGCAAGGGGAGGCUGUGGCAGCAGAGGGAGGGGACACAGACCCGCUGCCAGUACAAUGCCGGGUGUCACCAGCAAGAGCGAUGGCGGGGCCACCAGGGCACUGCCCAGCCUUAGGGCUUCUGCCUCGCCCUCAGCCACGCAGGGCGCUCAGCCCCCGGCACUCUCAUGGCCAUGCAGCCAACAUAAACAGCACCAUGCAAAUAAGUGAGGCAGGUCUAAUUAAUGGGAAUCAAACCCCUGCAUUAAGAAAUAAUGUGGUUGUUUCAAAAAAAACAUGUGCCUGUGCCUCCUCUGCAAAGCUAAGGCAGGUGACUGACUGAUGGGAGGUAUUUCCUAGAGCCACUGCUGUCCUUCCAUACCUAGGCCAGAGUUAGCUUUACAUUACCCGAAAGUACCAUGUGGUUGUAUUAGACACUUCUACUAAAUCUUUCCCUAAGACGAGACUAAACCGUAGGAAUAUUUUAAGUGCCUUCCUGAGACUGAGUUGCCAGCUACAGCAUUCGCUUUCUUGAAAGGAGGAUGUUUACAUGCAGAAAACCCGAUGGCUUGCUUUGAUCAGCCGUUGCAGUGAGGUUGGUAGGAGCAGGCGGGAGGUUUCCCCACCCGUCCCCACCUGCGGUGGCCCAGGCUGGCGCGAGGGCAGGAGCUGGACGUAGCAUGAGAUUUAAUGUUUGAACAUCAAGUGGUACUUGCUUGUGAGAGGAGGGGAGAAGGAGGUAUUUCGAGCCUUGCGCCUCUCAGGACCGAGGGGUUUGGGCUUGUCAAUAGAGAAGAGUGGAAUUUAGUUCACUAAUAUGGUGACCUUUAGCACAAAACCAGAGUUUGUGUUGUAGUGAGCCACAGCAUUCAUCUUCCACAUUGGCCUAAAAAGGGUAUUUAUUUUGUGGCUUUACUUCUCCUUUGUUACUGUUUUAGAUGUCGAGUGAGCUAUUUCUUCUCCAGCACAACGUGGCAGACCCUGUGGAAAGAGAUGCAGCAGAGCAGGCCAAAUAAGGUCUAAAAUCAUUAGCAUUUCAGGAUAAUUACUACAACUAUCAAUGAGAAAUAUUUUAGAAAACAGUACCCACUUUUUAAUCUCCAAAAUACUAUUAAUAAGCAGGGUGUGAAUCUGCCCACCAUAGCUACUUGCCACCAGAAGAAAAUGCUAUUCUGUUUUGCUCUUGAAUAGAGAUUUUUUGUUUUUUGGUUUUUUUUACUGUAGCUGUAAAUUUUUCUGUAAUUCUAAGCAAAGGGAAGAGUACAAAACUCCUGAUCAGGUCUGGCCACUUCAGAACAGGUCUUCUGCAUGCAUGCAACUGCUGAGAUCAGAUGAAGAAUAAAAAUUUUGGAGAAUAGAAAACGCCAAACCAUUGGGAGACAUGACUAUUACUAUCUUGUGUGCAAGAUCACUUUCCCUCUAAUACUGAGGAAAAGUUGGAAAUGCAAGUGGUGAUCCCACCCUGGCUGAGGUUUGGAAAGGAGCUGGACAUAGGACUGAUAAGGAAAGGAGGGACCUAACUUCAGUUCGGUGAGCUUGCUAGCGCUUUUAUUUAUUUAUUACUAAUAACACUGCUGUUACGUCUAAUGUGAAUGAUUUGCUCAGUGUAUUUUCCAGACGCUAUUUAGGAAGGUCUAAUACACUUUCAGAAUAGCAACAGUUAUACAGCCCGUCACCCUGCUGCACUGGAACUAGUUACUGCACCCCUUAGGGAAAAGGUGAGUGGUGUUUUUUGCUCAGCAGCAACAGGAGAAUAACCGACGCAGGCAGUGCAUGGUGGGAGAGCAGCUCUGACGGGGCAGGUCCCACAGGCCGAGCUGGUUACUGUGUCUGUGGAGACAGAAAAGUUCCCCUGGGUCUGAGUCUGUCCCCGGCCUAAGGGUGCGGGCACCUCCUGGUGAGAAAGGACUGGCCGAGGCCAGGGUCGCUGGGGCAGAGCCCUGCUGUGCAGCCUUUACUGAAAUGCAAAGGUAGGUGUGGUUUUCGUCAUCCCAUAAUGGCUGUAAUAAACCUACAGCAAGCUUAGACUAUGCUUCGGGUUUCUGAAAACUCCGACCUGAUUAACCUCCAGGUCGUUACUUUUUAGCACCACUCCAUUUUUUGUGUUUAAACUGUAGAAAGAUGAAGGCAGCAACAGGCUCUGAAUGAACCACUCUUACUCCAGCCUGUAUUUGAGAAGAAAACCAUAAUCGUGCUGUAAGAACUAUUAUUAAGGUACUGAAAUAUCCUGAAAGGCAACAAGAAGCUACACACCCCACAGCAGUAGAGAUACCUAAACCCCAGCAAACUGCAGGCGGGGAGUCUGUCUGCAUCCCCCGCUGCUCCGGGCAGGCGGCAGGAGGGCUCCUGCUCAGGCGCUUGACAGGAUUAGCAGAGCAGAUGGUCUUAUUUCAAGCACCCAAAGCCAGUACUAGCAAAAGUGUUAAAAUACUCUGUCAGUGUCUUGAGCAUUUCUGCAAAAUAAUUUAUGGAAGUUUUUUUUUUCAAUAAUGAACAUAACUUUCUUUUGAUAUUUAAUUUUUGAAUAUAUUUUUUC